AGCACACGCGUAUUGAACGAGAUGCGGCGAAUUUUCUGCGACAUUGUCGAAGCUUAAAAGAAAAUUCUCUCUAGCAUGCACCACAUUUAAACAGUAGACUGGGAAGAGAACACUAGUAGUUUCAACUUUUUAUUGGGAACGGAAAGAAACAGCUGAAUUCGCAUAGUUUCCUUGCUGCACAAAAUGGAACUUGCUCACACAUUACCGGCGUCCGAAGUUUUAGAUCACUUCUCGGUUGACGAAACGGAGGGUCUGAGCUUAGAGGAGUUAACUGUCGCUCAGAAAAAAUACGGACCAAACGAACUCCCAGCCGAAGAAGGCAAGCCUUUAUGGAAGCUUGUAUUAGAACAGUUCGAUGAUUUACUCGUAAAGAUUCUUCUUGGAGCUGCAGUGAUUUCUUUUACGUUGGCUUUAUUCGAAGAAGGAGAAGAAAGAACUACAGCAUUUGUAGAACCAUUCGUUAUCCUUGUUAUUUUGAUUUUAAACGCAAUUAUAGGAGUAUGGCAAGAAAGAAACGCCGAAAGCGCGAUCGAAGCCUUAAAGGAGUACGAGCCUGAAGUAGCUAAAGUGUUAAGGCAAAACAAAUCAGGAAUUCAAAGAAUAAAAGCUCGGGAUUUGGUUCCAGGAGACAUAGUAGAGGUUGCAGUUGGGGACAAAGUUCCUGCUGAUAUAAGGAUAACUUCAAUAAAAUCUACAACUCUUAGAGUGGAUCAAUCAAUUCUAACAGGUGAAAGUGUUAGUGUGAUAAAACACACGGAUCCCAUUCCCGAUCCAAAAGCUGUCAAUCAAGACAAGACAAAUAUGUUGUUUUCAGGGACAAACAUUGCUGCUGGAAAAGCAUCAGGGGUUGUCAUCGGAACAGGGCUGAACACACAAAUUGGCAAGAUUAGAGAUGAAAUGGUUGAUACAGAUGAAGAGAAAACUCCAUUACAACAGAAACUUGAUGAAUUUGCUCAACAGUUAUCCAAAGUAAUCACAGUUAUUUGUAUUGCAGUAUGGGCCAUUAAUAUUGGUCACUUCAGUGAUCCAGUUCAUGGGGGAUCCUGGUUGAAGGGAGCCAUUUAUUACUUUAAGAUUGCAGUUGCUUUAGCUGUUGCAGCAAUCCCUGAGGGACUCCCAGCUGUUAUAACCACAUGCUUAGCACUUGGUACACACAGAAUGGCCAAGAAAAAUGCCAUUGUUCGUAGUCUUCCUUCUGUUGAGACACUUGGUUGUACAUCAGUCAUUUGUUCAGACAAAACAGGGACAUUGACCACAAAUCAAAUGUCUGUCCACAAGUUCUUUAUUCUGAGUGAUGUAAGAAGGGAACAUGCCACAUUCCAUGAAUUUGAAGUUGAAGGAACUACCUAUACACCCAGUGGAGAUAUAACUUUAAAUGGACAGAAAGUUGAUCCGCAACACUAUGAAGCGCUUCCAGAGUUGGCCACUAUUUGUGCCAUGUGUAAUGAUUCCAGUGUAGACUACAAUUCAGUAAAAAAUGCCUAUGAGAAGGUUGGUGAAUCUACAGAAACUGCUGUGACAGUUUUAGUGGAGAAACUCAAUGUUUUUGGUACAAAUCUGGCUGGAAAAUCCAAAGCCGAACUGGCUAAUGCUUGUAAUGAUGUGAUCAAGUCUCAUUUUAAUAAGGAAUUUACCUUGGAGUUCUCUCGCGACAGAAAGUCAAUGAGUGUGUAUUGCACUCCUAGAAUGGAUGGACCAAACUCUGUACAUGAUAAGAAUCCAAAGAUGUUUGUCAAGGGAGCACCUGAAGGCAUAAUAGAGAGAUGCGGCUUCAUCAGAGUUGGUAGCAAGACACAACCACUGACACCAAAAACUAAACAGCAAAUUCUGGACUUGGUGAAAAGUUAUGGAACAGGUGUAGACACUCUCCGUUGCCUUGCACUGGCUACAGUUGAUGAGCCCCUUUCACCCAGCAAAAUGGAACUGGAAAAAGCUGAAAAGUUUGCAGAUUACGAGAGCAACAUGACCUUUGUGGGUGUGGCAGGCAUGUUGGAUCCACCAAGAACAGAGGUGAAAGACUCCAUCAAGAAAUGUGGUGCUGCAGGAAUCAGGGUUAUUGUCAUUACUGGUGAUAACAAGGCAACUGCAGAAGCUAUCUGUAGACGAAUUGGUGUUUUUGAGCCCAAUGAAGACACAACAGGCUUGUCUUACUCUGGUCGUGAAUUUGAUGAGCUCACUCCAGAAGAACAGAGAGAAGCUUGUUUAAAUGCAAGACUGUUUUCUCGUGUUGAACCGGCACACAAAAGUAAGAUUGUAGAGUACCUCCAGGCUGAAGGAGAAAUAUCUGCCAUGACUGGAGAUGGAGUGAAUGAUGCUCCUGCCUUGAAGAAAGCUGAGAUUGGAGUUGCCAUGGGAUCUGGAACUGCUGUGGCUAAAUCUGCUUCUGAAAUGGUAUUGGCUGAUGACAACUUUUCAACAAUUGUGGCUGCUGUGGAAGAAGGGAGAUCCAUCUAUGACAACACAAAACAGUUUAUACGAUAUUUAAUUUCCUCGAAUAUUGGAGAAGUUGUCAGCAUUUUCUUGACUGCGGCUUUGGGAAUGCCAGAAGCCCUCAUCCCGGUUCAGCUUCUGUGGGUUAACCUCAUGACAGAUGGUCCCCCUGCUACAGCUCUCAGUUUCAACCCUCCUGACGUGGAUAUCAUGAUGAAGCCACCGCGCAAAGCUAAGGAGGCUCUCAUCAGUGGCUGGCUAUUCUUCAGAUACAUGGCUAUUGGAAUCUAUGUUGGAGUUGCUACUGUAGGAGCUUCAGCUUGGUGGUUUAUGGUUUAUGAUAAUGGUCCUAAAGUUUCUUAUUAUCAAUUGACACACCACAUGCAGUGCACAACAGAUCCUUCAAACUUUGUUGGUGUUGAUUGUCACAUUUUUAGUGACCUUCACCCCAUGACUAUGGCACUUUCAGUGCUUGUCACAAUAGAAAUGUUCAAUGCCCUUAACAGCUUGAGUGAAAAUCAGAGUCUUUUUGUCAUGCCACCAUGGAGGAAUCCUUCCCUUAUCACAGCAAUCAUAGCAUCAUUUAUUAUGCACUUUGUCAUUCUUUACUUCAAGAUUACAAAUACAAUCUUCCGUAUUACUCCUUUGAAUUGGGAGGAGUGGGUAGCAGUUCUUUACUUCUCCUUCCCUGUCAUUAUACUGGAUGAGAUUCUAAAGUUCGUUUCAAGACAGAUAGCUGAACCUUCACACCCAACUUCACCAGCCAAAGCAAAGUCUGACUGAUUUUAACCUGCAUGCUGGUCAUGCCUGCAACUUGUGCAGUAACUGAUUUUAUGAUGCAACUGUGCAGAUAAUUUGAUUCUAUGGGUAUAUUACUCAAGAGAGCCGUAGACUUUUUAAGACGCAGCUCUGUCCAGACAUUGCACGUGUGGUUAAUCUUCAUGCAGGUUGCUGACUCGGCGUGACAAACGAUUUUAAUUAUGGCCAUAACUUCUUAUUAUCUUUGUCUUGCAAAUAGUUAGUAAUAAUCAGGAAAAAAAUCUUUGAAAACGGAUCUGUUAUCCCAAAUGAUCAUCUCCAAAUUAAAAAAACAGAACAAAACAAAACAAAAAGCAACAUGAAAUAUUUGCUCAUUGUGAUGCAUAUAAUUUAAACGUGUUUUCAGCGUGUUCGUUGGGUCUCUAAUUUAUAUAUUUAUGUCUGCUUUCCUUGACCUUUGAGGAUCUUGGCGGAUUUUUAUCAAAGCGUUGAUCUUUAUGGAAUGUGGGCAUUAACAUUCAGGUUUUUUAUUUCUCCUCUGAAGAAAUGAAGCAGUUUGCUAAGAGUAAAUGUGGAAUGGUUGUUGUUGUUGUUUUUUUUUUUUUGGAUGGACUGUGGAGGUGUUGGAGAAAGUUGUACAGGAACACCAAGUAAUGGUGUAUGGGAGGGGAGGGUAGAUUUUGCUAUAACUCAUCAUUUAUCUCGCUUUUUCUUCCUUUGUACCAAAUAGCAAAUUCCUCAAUUAUUAAAUUGAUGUCGUUGGUCAUCAGCAAAGCCAGU